AUGUUUUCACGUGUACAAUUUCGUAAAACUUUCAAAAAAGCUGAAGAUCAAGACACAGAUCCAUUCCUGCUGACUAAAAAUGUUACUCUACGAAAAAAUGCAGAUGUUAGAACCUAUUAUACAAUAGGCGUAUACUUAGGAAGUGGAAAAUUCGGUGAAGUGAAACGAUGUCAAGAAAUAAAAACUGGACGAGAAUUUGCAGCUAAAUUUGUUCCAAUUGCUAGUAAAGAAGAUAUGGACAGUGUAAUGAAUGAAAUAGCCAUUAUGAAUACUUUAAGACAUCCAAGAUUAAUUCAACUAUAUGAUGCUUAUCAUCUUGACAAUGAGGUUACGCUUGUUCUAGAAUUAAUUACUGGCGGAGAAUUAUUUGAACGGAUUAUUGAUGAAUCAUUCGAUUUGAAUGAAUCUAGAUGCAUAAAAUUUAUGCAUGAAAUUCUUCAAGGUGUUGAAUACAUGCAUUCCCAAAAUGUAAUACAUCUUGAUCUCAAGCCUGAAAACAUACUGUGUCUAUCAGGUACAAGUUUUAAGACAAAAAUAAUUGAUUUUGGAUUGGCUAGAUUUUAUGAAAACAAACAUCUUUGUGUUCUAUUUGGCACACCAGAAUUUGUAUCUCCUGAAGUGAUUUCAUAUGAACCAGUUUCACCUGCUGCCGAUAUGUGGUCACUCGGUGUUAUAUGUUAUGUAAUGCUAUCUGGUUUAUCACCGUUUAUGGGAGAGAGUCAAGGAGAAACGUUAGCUAAUAUCAUGCGUGUUAAAUACCAUUUUGAUUAUCCUGAAUUCGCAGAAAUUUCUAAUGAUGCCAGGGAUUUUAUCAAAAAACUUUUAGUAAAAGAUCCAAGAAAAAGACUUACAGCCACUGAGUGUUUACAACAUCAAUGGUUAAAGCAAAGGAAGAAAACGCCUAAACGUUCAGGAACAGUCAGUAAAAAACGUUUGAAACACUUUGUCUAUAGACGUAAAUGGCAGAAAGCUGUUAAUGCAAUCAUAGCUCUUCAACGUAUGGGUGUUGUUCUUCAACACUCACCAGUAAUCAUGGGUAAACACAGUAAUCAAACAUUACAAACAGCAAAACGAUCAUUUGAAAGUGAGGCAAAACGGUUGCACCAUCCUCAAGUAGCUGAACUUAAACUGCCAUCGAAUAGUCAACCAACAUCAAGUGGAAAAGAUAAGUCAUCACCUGAAAGAGUUAAAAAGACUUCAGGUAUAUUUAGAAAAACCAGUUUCUUCAAUAAAGCAAUGAAGAGUGACACCAGUAGUGUGACUACUAAUACUACUACAGCCAAUAGUGUUGUUAGUAAUAAAAGUAAACUUGAUAAAAAUUCUUCACAUUCAUCUCCAUUGCCUAAAAAUAAAGAAAAUUCCCCACUAAAGAUAAAGCAUAAAGAAAGUGGGAAGGGAUUUUUCUUUCAAAGAAAUAAAUCAAAUCAAAGAUCUAUAUCAUCAGAUAGUUCAUCGAAUAAACCUGAAAUCAGUGAACAAAAUUCUAGAUCAUCGGUUAUUUCAGAAUCGAUUGGAUCAACUUCUAAACUUCGAAAAGAUUCCUCUUCUUCAUCUGCUAAUAUUAAAAAUCAGAAAAAGGAUAAUUUAACAAAAACAACAUCAACAGCAACAACAACAAUAACAACAUCUCAGCAAAAUCAGAAAUCAACACCGAAAUCAGCAGCUUUACCGCCUCCAUCUAUUUCUCCAAAAACUUCUAUAAGUCUACUGUCAGCUAAAAAGUCAACAAUAAGCAGUACAAUUAAUGAGAAAGUAAAAUCAUUUAAUUCUUCAUCAACUGAUGGUGGUGGUGCUAUAAAAGCAAAGUCAAUAACACCUGAGAAAACAAUUACUACAACUCAUAAUACUACUGCCGGUAAUCUUACUGGUAGUAGUAGUAAAACGACCACUUCAUCUACAACACCAAUAACUACUGAUAAAAAGUUUAAUUUCAACCAGAAAACAACAUCUACAAGAGUAAAGAAGUUAUCGGCUAGCACAACAAAAUCAGAUAUCGCUGCUAAGAUCAGUUUCUUUGCAAACUUAUCUAAAGAAGAAAAAGUCAAAUGA